UCCUCAUGCCAGUGAAGUUAGUAAGUGACUCUAACUGCGCUGUUUCUCAUUAUCAAGUUUAGAGAUGCUCCAUUUUCUUAGCAUUUUCAGGUUAUAACAUCUGCCUUUCUGUUUCUGCUUUACUGAUUUAUCUUCCUAUUCAAACAAGAUCAGCGUUUGUUUCCUGCAUUUCUGAAGAUCUCAAGAUCUGGACAAGUGUUGAAGAAAUUUCCUGUGAGAUCCAUCUGUAUCUUGAAAGAUGGGGAAUGAAUACAAGAAAAUUGUUUUGCUGAAAGGAUUAGAGGUCAUCAAUGAUUACCAUUUUCGCACAAUUAAGUCCUUACUAACAGAUGAUUUAAAACUGACUGGGAAAAUGCAAGAUGAAUAUGACAGAAUUAAGAUUGCUGACUUACUGGCAGACAAAUUCCGAAGUGAUGCUGGAUUGAGCACGCUCAUAAAACUGUUCAAAGAUAUAGACCCACUUAAAAACCUGGCUGAAAAGCUUCAAACAGAGAAGUUAAAACUUUUGAAGAAAAGUAAACCAAAAGCAGCAAAAGGAGCAACCCCAUUGAAAAAAAUUAAUCAAGAUGAAACUGGUCUUGCUACACCUGAACCCACCAGAGGAAACACCAUCACCACUACAACAGCAGAGGAGACUCCAGAAGCUCAGAAAAGAAAGAAAGCAACCAAAGAAAACAGUGGAACCAAAAGGAGUAAGGUCUGUGAUGUGCAGACUCCAUCUCCCUGUCUUGAAAGAGCCAACAUGUCCACAACCAUGGGCCAGAUCUCAGCAUCAACACCAUGCAAAACUCCCUCAACUGAGAAAAGGCAGACUCAGCAUCAGGUGGCUGCAAGAGGAAAUCAUGUACACAAAGACCCCAAGAUAGUGAUGGUCCUGAAAGCAAUGGCUCCAUUUGAAUAUGAGAUUUCAGAAGAGAAGAAAGGCACAAUGUUUCAUGCUACAGUGGCUAGUGAGACUGAGCUUUUCCAAGUGAAAGUGUUCGAUACCAAUCUGAAAGAGAAGUUUACAAAAAACAAGGUCAUUAUCAUAUCUGAUUACUUCAAAUAUAAAGGAAUCCUGGAGAUUUAUGAUACAUCAUCUGUUUCUGAAGCUAGUCCUGAUCAACAGAUUGAAGUCCCCAGAAGCAUUAUCAGUAAAGCAACCAAAAGCUUCAAGAUUGAUCAACUCCAGAAACAAGCAUCAGGAACAAUAGUGUAUGGGUCGUUUAAAUUACAAAAGAAAACAGUGAAACUGAAGAACACAAUUUAUGAAAUACAAGAUAACACAGGAAAGAUGGAUGUUGUGGGGAAUGGAAAAUGGCACAACAUGAAGUGUGAAGAAGGAGAUAAACUUCAACUCUUCUGCUUUCACCUGAAAACAAUUGACAAGAAUCUAAAACUCACAUGUGGAAUUCACAGUUUCAUUAAGGUCACCAAAGGCACAAAAUGCAAGAAGACACCCAUGGAUUUUAAUUUAAGUCAGAAAGUUGAAGAAAUGACCCACCCUCCAAAUCAACCAAAUGUUUUUGGGAGUGAUAUUGUUAAAGUUGAGCCUUUCUUUUAAAUAGUUGAUUCAGUGGUAAUAUCCAAGCCUAUAAGGUUAAUUCAUAAAGUUCAUGCAAAAUAAAGAUAAAUUUAUUUUGAGACAAAAAUAUGUUUUCAUCAUAAAGAAACAUUCAGUGUUUAAAGAAAUAAAUGUAUUUACUUUGAUUGACAUUAUUCAGUGUGGAAUGUAUCAAAACAUCAAAUAGUACUCCAUAAAUAUGUACAAUUUUCAUAUGCCUAUUAAUUUUUAAUUUGAAAAACUUUUUUUAAAAGAAAUAGAACUCCUGAACAGUCCUAUACCUGUUAAAUAAAAUGAAUUCAAUAAACAAAAAUAUUUCCACAAAAAUAA